AAACCUCAUUUCCUUCUAUCUGAAAAAUAUAAACGUGAAAAAAGCAAGGAAAGAAAAAUGGCGUGUACCAGUUUUCUGAAGUGACGCCGAACGGAAACGAGAAACACACCGGUUCAAUAUAUCCACUGUGGUUGCUCGUUGAUAUCAUACUCGAUGAGACUGUGUCAUACUCGAUGCUUCAAGAAAUUUUUCAUCAUUCUAGUUCGCUUGCACCUUCACCGUAUUAGGCUAUUAACCGAUGGACCACCACCCAUGGGUGCGAUUUCUAGGGCUUGUAUGAUCCUUCAUUAUCCCAAAGUUUAUCCCUCAGAAAGCCUUGGUCUAUGACGAUCACUCAACGAAAAACCUCACCAGCGAUCAUCCGCUGCACGAUCUCCACCAGCGGCAGCGAUACAGCUAAGGCUACCGCAGCUCCUCAGCCGAUACCUUGGGGUUGCGAAAUAGAUUCACUGGAGAACGCGGCUUCGUUGCAGAAAUGGUUGACGGAUUCCGGUUUGCCACCUCAAAAAAUGGACCUACGGAAAGUUGAUGUUGGAGAGAGGGGUCUUGUUGCGAAUAAUAACAUCAGGAAGGGGGAGAAAUUCUAUUUGUACCUCCCUCACUCGUCAUCUCCGCCUAUUCGGAGUGGACCUUACUCCCUUUUAUACUGGACACAAGCUGAAUUAGAUAGGUACUUGGAGGCAUCACAGAUUAGAGAACGCGCAAUUGAAAGAGUCAACAAUAAGAGGUGUUCAACAUGGAAACAUUUAGAUGGUAAUUUGGUAUUCUUUUUUCAAGAUUGGUUCGAUUACCCUCACUAG